GUUGUAAUUACCACAACAGAAGCAUAGGAUGGUAUCCAAGUCAAAAAUAUAUAAAAAAUGUUCUCCGAAUGGUAAAAUUUUCUUGUAUCUGGAUAAACGAGAGUAUGUAACAUGUAAUGGAGUCACGGAUCCUAUUAAAGGAGCAGUUUUCAUUUCUGAUAUAGUUAACACCUUACAGGGCAGGAGAAUUUAUGUACAAUUAAAGACGACAUUUCGAUAUGGGCGAGAGGAAGAUGAAUCUAUGGGGAUCACGUUCAAGAAGGAGAUCAUCUUGGAUCGAGUUCAGAUGUUCUGCGAGGGGAACAAAACUGAUGAUAAUCUAACUCGGAUGCAGAAUGUCCUCUCAACAAAGUUCGGAGAUGCAGUUGCUCCCUUCACCCUAAACUUCCCUAAGCUUGCUCCAAACUCAAUCAUUAUCUGCGAUGAUGAAGACGAGGAUCCAACAAAACGAACAAUGGGAGUAUUCUACGAGGUUCGUGUUCAUGUAGCAGAAUAUCAAGAUGAUUAUAAAGGAAGAAAAGGAUCUUCAACGAGUAUGGGAAUAAGAAAGACUCAGUUUACGGAGACAAAACAGUUGAUAUGUCCUAAAGACACGUGCAGUAAACUAUUUAUCUGUAGUGCAGGUUCAAUAUCUCUUGAAGCUAGCCUAGAAAAAGAGAUAUUCACUCAUGGCGAAGAAAUUCCUGUACAUGUGUCGAUACAAAAUGACAGUAUACGAACAAUUAAAGAAGUCAAGGUUUUCGUUUAUCAGUUUAUUGACAUGAAGAUGCUCAAUAUGAAAUAUAGUAACAAGGUGUACUCGGGUACGUUUGAGGGUGAAGGAUGUCCUAUCCUACCUGGAUACAGUUUCCAUGCAGUACACCAGGCUAAACCCUUAUCCCAGAGUACAAUCAUAGUCAGAGGGGUAUGUCUGGACGCAGCGCUAAGCAAGGAGGUAGAUGAAACCAACCUAGCCUCGUCUAGUAUAUCUUGUACCGGAGAUAAGAACGAUAUUUUGGGGAUAGUGGUUGAUUAUGUAAUUAAGGUUAAAGUAGUUUGUGGAGGACUAGGAGGAGCAAUUAUGGUUGAUAUUCCAAUUAAACUGGUUCAUCCGAAACCAGAUACAGACAUGAUGAUGGCCCUACUUCGAGCAAAGGAAAUAAUUUCUGCCAAAAGAAAAAAGUUUGCGGGACAGGAUAGUGUUAUACAGGAAUCAAACGAGAUUGAUGGAUCCCUUGAUAUAGAAGAUAACAAUCAAUAGAUUAGAAGAAGGAUGAAUGAUAUGGAUUUUUCUCCCAGUUGUUGGAAUGUAGAUGUAAUCUUGAAAUUUUUGUUAAUUUCACUUAACCUAUUUACUUAUUAUGCAAUCUAUAAGCUACCCUACUUGUGAUUUCUGACAGAUAUAUGUCCCAUUCCUAUAUUCUGUGUGUAAUCAAUAUUUAUUGUAAAUUAUCUCUUGUAUAUCAUAUAUUUAUUAAAUGUUGCAAUUUUUAAAAAGACACAUGCAGAACUCUAGUAAAGUAACUGAAACCCGUUUUCUUAUAAAUUUGAUAGAAUAAAUAUGAAACAUAA